AUGGCCUCACCCUUUUUCCCCUUGACAGUGCUCGAGAAUGAGUUCGAGGUCAAGCGAAAUGACCGCCAGCCCCACAACGUGGUGCUGGCAGCUUGCGCCGGACCCCAUGAGGAGCAUCAGUCAUCGGAGCUGCAGCUUUUCCACCGCGGCAACCGUGAUGGAUCGAAACGGGGAAAGCCCUGCUGCAGCGGCAUGAUGCAUUGGAACUUUCUGCAGUGCCUGGAUGCUCAGAAUGUCGGAACGCAGGUGCGCACAUUCGAGUGUGAGAUCGGCGGGUCCUCGUCACACCAGAAGGUGGAGCUGUCCGAGGAUGGCCAGUUGCUGUGGAACUGGAUGAGUUCCUGGGGCGGGGCACGAGGAUGCUUCGCACCACAACCUCCAAAGGUUGGCAAAGCGGUGGUUAGCCGCAUUGACGAUUGCUCCGCUGCAGUGGAGCCCGUCGGGGAGGCCAUGCACAAAGCGGCCGGCGGCCUCAAAGUCCCGGCGGAGUUCCGGAUCAAGAGCGUGCUGACCUUCCGUCCAUGUAUUCUUGCGAUUGCACAAGUCCUGCUGCAAAAAGGGAUCUUCAAGGCCACCCCGCGCUUCGGAGGCUUUGAGAUCAAGACAGGCGAUGGCCGCAACUGCUUGGACUCCAGCGGUGGUCGAGACGUGCUGGUCUACCCCUGCUACGACGAAAGCGCGCACAACAUGAACCAAGUGUGGCAGAUCCGUGCUGCAAGGCUGUUGUGGGAGGGGCGAGACGGUGGUGGGCAGAUAUGCAUUGACUCGCGGAAGAUCCACGAGAAGGUGAAUCCUCCACAAGGAGAGUAUCGAUUAGUUACCUGCGCUCCUAAACCGGGGCAGCGGCUUCAACGACUGGAGGAGGAUCAGGAUGGAACCUUCCUGCUCAAGGACCAAGACGAUGGGCGCUGCCUUUCAGCUUUGUCCGGGAAUGUCCUGGGGCUCUCAGAGUGUACCCCGCAGCAGAGGUGGAGACUUCGCAGCCAGGGUGGGGCAUCGCAGGUGCAGCAUGUGCUCUCUGCAAACUGCAUAGACGCUGGGAGCGAGCACAAGCCCAUAUUGUACCCUUGCCACAAUGGCCACGUCAAUCAGCCGCAGAAGUUUUCAUUCAUAGCGAACCCUGGCUGGAUACAAAAUCCCAUCACUUGGGGCGACAACGGCCGGCGACGAACUUUCGAGACUUGCUUGGAUCGCCUGCCCACUCAACAGCAGAACAUCGCUGUCCUGGACUGUGCAGACACGCGCUCAUCUGGAAUUCGGUGGGAACUCCUGAACGCCUUCGUGCCUCUUGAGAGGCAGCUUUGGGAUGCGGCAGACAAGCCACCUCCCGGCACGCCGGUCUUGGGCGGCGAUAAAGCGCCACCUUGA